UUGGUCAGAGCUUGCUGUCAAUCACCCGAGGGGCGGGACUCUCAAGCUGUGUUGUGUUUCGUAUGUCGUUCAAUCUGACAUGAGGGAAAGCUCCUAGGUGUCUCUGUAACUCAGAGAUGUGAGGACACACUGUUAUUACAGUCUGAGGUGCAAUAACCGAUACUUUCGGAUAUCACGGAUGCAGCUGAAGGAUGAGCAGCAAGUCGGGUGCUGGAAAAGUGCGGAAUGCAGACAGCAACCCCUGUAUAGAGGAGAGUGAUGGAUCCCAAAAGUGUCUGGAAGCAUAUAACUAUGAUAAGAACAUGUGCUCUGCAUACUUCCUGAAGUAUAAGAACUGCAGGAAGUACUGGCAUGCUGUGAUGCUACAACGCAGGCGUGAAGGAGUAAAGCCCGAUAUGCCUACAGCUAGAGAGAGGGAAGAAAUGCUAGCUUCUCUGGGAGGGAAGCCCUACUGACUUUUAAUAGCAGAACACUGACUGUGCCUUUCUGAGGUGAAGAGUGUGUGUGGAUGAGUGCAUCCUUCUAAUAGGAAGCCUUAAAAACUUUAUUUACACUUCAGCCCAGUGGGCAGGGGUGUGUGUGUGUGUGGUGUGUCAGUGUGUGGGUCUGUGUGCAUGCUUGUGUGGGCAUUUGUGUGCACAUACCUGUAUGAAGUUGUUUGUGUGUGAUGAUGAGUUUCCAUGAUGAGUUUUUAACACAUGCUAGUUAAUCUUUCUGUGAAUCUGACAGAUACACAUGUAAAUCAUAGACAGUUCUGAUACGAGUAUUCAAUAUGAAUAUUCUC